GCCGCUUUGUAAACAUUUAUCGUCGUUCACCCACCGCGUCGUCCUUGUUGUCGCCUCCUCCGUGUUUGUGCUACGAGUUUUCGUCAUCGGCGUCAUCGGUCUCCUCUCGGUCCAGAUCCUGCAUCACUUGUUUUGGCCAAACCCAUAUAUAUACCCGUGUACCCAUACCCAUAUACCCAUAGCAUCUGCCAUCCCGACGUUUCGGGUGUUGAUACAUUUUUGGCCCGUAACUUUGACGAGCGUCAAAGAGAAUUAAAGCCCCUCCGCCAUUACGCCCCUCUGCCCCCCCCAGUGUUUUGUGAUUCCAGUGAAAGUUCUGUGCUCCAAAAAAAAAAUUCGACAACAUCUUGCUGAUGGAAAGCAAAACGUCUGCAAAAAAUAUUAUCAAAAGUAAUAAAUGAAUAACAAAAUACAAAACAAACGCCAUCAAUAUUUCAUGGAAAAAAACAACACAAACAGAAAUAACCAAAAAUAAAAGCUUGCGGCGCGUCGUUCUUUAAAUAUUUUAUAAAUUAAUUCUGCAAACAGCAUAAACGAAAUUACAAAAAAAAAAGAAUACAACAAAAACAUCAGGAAUUAAUGUAGUGCCUAAUGCAAUGUGUAAUAAAACCGAGUAGACCAGGAGGUGCUGCAGAUCAUUAAAUACCCGCAAACACAGUUACAAAGAAAAAUAUGAAAUACAAAUUUAUAUAUAUUAUUGAAUAAAUGAGCAGAGUAAAUAUCGCAUAUGCUACCCGUGAAAGCAAAUUGAAUUAUACAGCAAAUUAAACAACAAAUACUUGCCGUCGUGUUAUUGGAUGUUUGGCUAUUGAAGUGUGUACAACUUAAUUGGGGGUUACAAAGUGGUCUUAGCAACGACUAAAUUCAGAAAAAAUCGAAGUGUGAUAUUGCAGGCGCUGGAAAUAUCAGGAACAAUAAAAACCGUAUAACACGACCCUAUAUAUAAUUUUCGGCACCGGAAACCUAAGAAACAGUACCAGAAAAAAAACGAUCAUGUUGGCCUUUCACAACGAACAUAUUGCCAGUUGCGCUUUUCUGACUUACUUCAGUCCGGAGACCGCCGCCACGCCCGCCACGUCGCCCACUUCGGGGGCACAGGCUUCGCUCCACAAUGACAAGCAGUCCAUAUCAGGGAUGAACCGUGCUUUACAGCUGAAGCCAGCUGAAAAUGAAAGUCGCAGCGAGCAUUUAGAUCGCAAGCUGUUCGUUGGCAUGCUCAGCAAACAACAGACCGAAGACGAUGUUAGACAAAUCUUCCAUCCGUUCGGCACUAUAGAGGAGUGCACCAUUCUUCGCGGCCCGGACGGUGCCAGCAAAGGCUGCGCUUUCGUCAAAUUUGGUUCGCAGCAGGAGGCCCAGUCAGCAAUAACCAACCUACACGGAAGUCAAACUAUGCCGGGAGCAUCCUCCAGCCUGGUCGUCAAAUACGCCGACACGGAGAAGGAGCGGCAAAUACGGCGCAUGCAGCAAAUGGCCGGUCACAUGAACCUCCUCAAUCCGUUCGUCUUUAAUCAGUUCAGUCCGUACGGCGCCUACGCUCAGCUCCCCUCUCCACCGGAAUUGCAGCAGCAGCAGCAGGCCGCCCUGAUGGCAGCCGCUGCCACGGCGCCCGGAUCCGCUGCCUACAUGAACCCCAUGGCGGCCCUGGCAACGCAGAUACCUCACGGCCUCAACGGCACCGGCCAGCCCCCCUCGCUGCCCUCGCCGACCAUGCCCAACUUCAACAUGGGCGCCAACACGCCCAACGGCCAGCCCGGCGGAGCGGCUGCCGCUGCCGCUGCGGCGGCCGCUGCGGACGGCGUCUUCACGAACGGCAUUCCACAAACGGCAUUCCCAGGACAUCCACUGCACUUGACUAUACCGCCACAAGGUUUGCCAAACGGCGAUGCUGCUGCCCUGCAACAUGCCUUCCCUGGUCUGCCACCGUUUCCAGGAGUUGCCUUUCCCGCCGUCUAUGGACAGUUUCCACAAGCUUUACCACCUCCCCUAGCGGCGGUUGCACCCACUCAGCGUGAAGAUUUUCUGAUGUUCCCAGGAUGUUCGAUAUCCGGACCCGAGGGCUGCAAUCUCUUCAUCUACCAUUUGCCCCAAGAGUUUGGCGAUGCCGAGUUAAUGCAAAUGUUCCUGCCCUUUGGCAAUGUGAUCAGCUCCAAGGUCUUCAUCGAUCGUGCUACAAACCAGAGCAAAUGUUUCGGUUUUGUUUCAUUCGAUAAUCCCGCCAGCGCUCAAGCGGCCAUUCAGGCCAUGAAUGGCUUCCAGAUUGGCAUGAAAAGACUGAAAGUUCAAUUGAAGCGGCCAAAGGAUGCCAGUCGACCCUAUUAACAAUCGGAGUUCCUUAAACGCAAUUCACAACAACAACAAAUACAACAACAACUACAACUACAACCAACUGGGGCAACAACAUCAGCAACAGCAGCUUUGCCAACAACUACAGCAUUUUCCGCAGCCACGCCCACAUCGGGCGGACUAAGCUCCGCCUCCGCGACAGCAACAACAACAGCCCACUAUAAUAACCUUAGCAGCAGCUUUAGGCCAACUUUGCCCACUGAGAGCUCCACCCACAAUGCCCACAUGCCCUACACAUUUGCCAGCUGGCGCAGCGGUACCUAUUGCUACCGCAACAACAACAACAAUAAUACUAACGACAACUGCAGCGACAACAACAACAACAACAACAACAGAAACGAUCCAGAGUCUCAGUCCCAAAACGAUCCACAACAACCCAAUACCAAUUGCUCCAAAGUGGAACUGGUCGAGAGACUAUUCAUGUGGCAGCAACAAAAGCGAAAGGCCUAAAUGCAAGAUCAACGGCAACCACAACAGCAACCAGAACAACUGCAGCUACAAUAAGGAGCAACUAUUGAUGGGAUGGUCGUCAGCCAUGCUAUGUGAAAACGAUUAUAGAAACUAAAUACAUGCAAAGAGUAUGUAACAAAAAAAAAAAAUAAAAAAUAGUAAACAAGAAAAAUGUAAAUUAAAAAAAGAAAACACCUUAGAGCUGAAAAAUUGAAUAGAUUUAUAUAUAUAAUAUAUUUAUAUAUAUUUAUCCGAUUAUACAUUCAACUGAAUGCAGUACAGCAGUACAUACAAAAUAAUAAGAGAAAACCAACCACAAACAAAAUUAUAAAAUUGAGAAAAACCGAAAGAAUGACAGAAUUUUUGCCAAAAUAUCGAUUUAAUAAAAGUAUAUAUUUAUAGAAGCAAGGAACAAAAACAUUGAUAUUGAUAGUUUUGUUAACAACUAAAGAACAAGAACAUUGCACACCAGUACACUCCCCACACAGAACACAAAACUUGAGACAAAAACUGACUGGCAAGAGACCAAAAUUAUCUGGGUUUUCAAAUAAAAAAAAAAACAAAACAAAAAAAGAAUAAAAACAAUUAAGGACGAUAAGAGCAGCAACCAUUUUAUAUGAGUAAUUGGUGAUGGGAAUUUAUAAAAAUUAACAAAUCUGCGCAAGGAAAAUUAGUUGAAAAACAAAGCAAACACAAAAGAACAACUAUUAAAACUGAAUUUGUUAAUCUAAUGAUGAACUCGAUCGGAGUUUACAGUUAAUCGAGUAAUUAGAAGGCAGCAGUUAAAGGAAAGGGUUAAAGUAUAGAUGGGACGUAGAGGAAGUUAGGUGAGAAAGAAGACAAAGUAGGUCUGCAACUUUUUAGCAUUUAGUGGUAAGCAAAACGGCAAAGAUUCAACAGAUGCAUAAACAGAUUAUAUGUACACAUGAAAAAUUAACACAAAAAUUCGAAUUUAAUUAAUUUUAAGUAAAACAAAACGGAUAUAGGAAGUUAGAACUAGGCGGGACAGAGCAAGCCACUUAAUAUAUGCGACAUGCUUUGAGGGCUACGUCCAACCCCAAAGGGUUCGACCAGCCUGACCACGAGCAAAAAUAUCAUUUUUUAUAAUACAUAAAUGAGUACUAAUUUUAGAAAUAUUAUAAUAUGGAUUUGUUAGAACUAUUGAAGAGAAUCAAAGUGCGGAAAGCUAAACGAAAAACAUUAAAAAGAUUAACAAAAUACAAUAUCUAAAGCGAUUAUUUAUGUUGGCCCAUAUUCUCGGAGGGAGAAAAUUCUUGUAAUUGUUUUAACUUCUCAACUUGUUUGAUUCGAUACCGUUUGGUUUAUCAUUAUAUUCAAAAAAUCGUAAACGAUUUUAUAGAAUAAUAAACAAAAUUUUGAAUAAAAUCAAACAACAACUUUACACUUAAACUUAGCUGCUUUCAACAAAAACAAUUACAGGUACUUACAGAUAUACAUGCAUAUAUAUAUAUAUAUAUACAUAGAAAUAUAUAAUAAAAUCAAGAAAAAAGCAAAAAGUAAAUAAAAACACAAGGAAAAGGAAAGGAAAUAUAAAUAGGGCUACUGAAAAAAUGGAAAACAUAAAAAACAUUUUGCUAUGGAAGUAUUACUAUAAAAAUAUAUACAAAAUAGAUAUACAGAACAGCAGAAAACUGAAAGUUUUGGCCACUUAUUUUCACAACCAGCUCCGAGAAAGAAACCGAUACAGCUAAAGAAUCAGAUUCCGAUCAAGUUGACCAUAACGCGCCCUAGCCAGACUAAGCAAACUAUUUAACACUAAGCAUAUAUUAAUUAUUAUUGAUUGUUAUUAUAAACAAAAAAUUACCAUUAGAAUUUUUAUCACAGUCAAAAAGGAAGCAAGUAUUUUUUAGCAAAACUAGAGAAUUUAUCACGGCCUAUUAAAUUUAUUCUAACCUUAUGUUUCGUUUUACACACCGACAUAGGACGACACAAUACCCCCGCACACCUACACUGAAAUCUAACUAAAUAUUAUUGUCAAUAAAGAAACGUAAAAAUGAGAUCUUUAUCCGACACUUACUCAACUGUCUGUUGAAUCGAAUCAUUAACAAUUUAGCAGCAAAAUCUGUACAAAAGCAAGAAGAGGAGAAGGACCGAAGAGUCAAAUCUACAGCUAAAUAUGCCAAAAAAUAAGAUUAUGGAUAGUGAAAAGAUAAAAAUGGAGGGUGGAGAAAAAAUUAACAAUUAUUUAGAGUUUGUAUAGUGAAAAUGAUAAGUUUAGAGUCGCCUAGUCUGUGGGUCCUGCAGGGGAAUCUCCGCCUGCUGGACGUAUUUGAUACUAAAGAUAUAAAAUUUAAAUAUUAACAAAUACAAAUAUAAAAAAUAUAAGAAAUAUUUAAAUAUGAAAAUAAAAUUGUUAUCAGAGUUAAAGUUAAUUUUGUUACCAGUGCAAUAAAUACUUUGGUGCAGAUACUUAUGGGUUCCCUCUCAACCAAUAUCAAUUUCAACUUCAGUUCCAGUUUACAUUUACGUUGUGAGUAUUGCCAGUCGGAUCACUGAGACAGUAUUAGAAAUCUGUGGAAAAUAUUAUAUUCAAGGUAAAAUCGAGUUAAUCUGUUUAGUUUUUCCUUUUUUUUUUUGAAUCACAAAAUGUUAGGCCUCGACAGGAGAAAUAUUGUAAAUAUAGAAAAUGAAAACUAAGGCGGAUGAAAGUCCCACACUGAGAAGAAACGAAUGAAAAUGGCAGUUAUUUAACGACACAUGCAUACAAGCAUAAUUAUAUACAUACCUACAAACAUACAAGUACAUAACACAUAUAUGAAAAUUAUCAAACUGAUUUUAGCGCCUAUUCAAAAGUAGUUCAGCCAGAGACACCCAAGAAUUUUGACAGCUUUGAAUUAAAAUGCUAAACUAGAAUUUUACUUCGGAAAAACUCAUCCAGAUACACGAACACACUACAUGUAUUUACGAUCUUGUAUGAAUCGAUCUAGUCAAAUUCAAGUUAAUUAUUGCAUAAUGAAAAUUAAACCUUAAUGAUGAAUAAGAAGUAUAAAAACCAAGUCAAACUAUUGAGAUAAUAAUAAUUUACUAUUAUUAUGUACUAUGAUUAUGAUUAACGAAUUAUAAUUUAUUUAUGUAUUGAAAAUACGAACACAAGUAUUUAAAUUAAUAUAUAAAAAAUUAUUAUUACAAUUAUUAUUAUUAUUAUUAUAUGCUAUUAUACAAACAUUUUUAGAUCAUAUACACUAUACUAUAAAACAUACGGAAUCAAGCAAAAUAAUUCAUUUUGUGCUAAACUGAUUUUGGCAAAAUUAUGCAAAUUAUAUACCAAGAGGAAGGAUACUAAAACCCUAAAUUAUCGUAACUAUUAUUUCUAAAGCAUAACACACAAUAAAACUAAACUAAACCAAGAGAAGCAGAACAAAUAAAAGAGAAAACAAAUUGAAAAACCAAAAUACAAUGCAACCAACUUGUUUUAUUUUCUCAUUAUUUUCCGCGUCUGUGACAUCCGGCUUUUGAAUCGUUUCAAUUGGCAGAUACCAGGACAGACUAGGUCACAUACCCCCGAAACACACUAUCCCAACUCGCAACAGAGGACUGAGAAUUUGGCAUAAUCCCCACCCCGAUUUGAAUAUCGUUUUCCCAUGUUCUCCCUUAAGUAUCGUUUGAUAAAACUAAAAACAAAAAACCAAAACACGAAAAGGGCUGUGACACGAACGUUUAACAAAAAGUGUGAACAAAAUCAAAUUUAUUUAUUGUUUGCGCUUAGUUUGAUUUUAAUGUUAAUUUUAAAGAGCGGUGAUAACAAGAAACCACUAAAGCCAAAUCAAAAUUAACUCGAUAAACGAAUAAAAAUACAAUAUAAACGAACAAUUAAGUCGCUUAAUUCAAAUUCGAAAUGAAAUGUGAUGAAAGCAAAAAAAAAAAAACAUAAACAACUAACAAAAAAACAUGU